AACCAGAACCAGAAUCCACAUCCUAAAAGUAACACACAGCAUAUCCUCCUCCUUCUUCUUCUUCCCCCACCACCACGCUACUCUGUUAUUCCAUUUCCAUUCUUAUCCCCUUUCAAUCAAUCCCCCACAUUCUCAUGACCAGUUAAUUCCAAACAAACAGAAAUGGGCACCGGUGCAUCGAAGAACCCCGACAGCAGCUCCCAUGGCAGCGACGAGCGAGAAGACCAAGCCGGCGGGCAACUCUACGUCUCUCUCAAAAUGGAGAACUACAACCCUAAAGGCGACCUCAUCCCCCACGUCUACGGCUCCGUUCCCCUCGUCGGCUCCUGGGACCCCUCCCGAGCCCUCUCGAUGGAGCGGGAAUCGGCUUCUAUGUGGGAAUUAAGUUUUGUUGUACCCCCUAAUCAUGAGACGUUGGAUUUCAAGUUUCUGUUGAAACCGAAGUACGGCAAUGUCCCGUGUAUUUUGGAGGAAGGUUCGAACAGGCAAUUGACAGGGGGUGCGUUGGGAGGGGACAGGAGGUCGGCUAUGUUUAAGUUCAGCAGUGAUGAUAUUCUUGAGUACAAAGUGUUCAUUAAAGCGGAUAGAGUUUCGCCGUUCGAUCUUGCAGCUAGUUGGAGAACGUAUCAGGAUAAUUUCCAGCCUUCCUCUGUUCGUGGGAUACCAGACGUCAGUAUGAAUUCGGCGGCCGAUGCCAGUAACGAGAAUGAAUCUUCGGCGAGCUUGGAGCUUGAUAUUGAGCACUACGUUGUUCCAGCUCCAGCAACAUCUGCAAAUUCAGGUUUGGUUUAUGCAGCUAACAUGACAGAAACUCCUAGGUCACUGAGUCGUGUUGGGGUAUUUUCCAAGACUGAUGGCUCUAGUGGAGCAUUACAUCACCAGAAGGAUAGUGGUGUUCCUGUUGACCGACCUGAUUUAACGGGGAUGCAAGUCAUUGUCCCAGACACAGCAAAGUAUUCCUUAGCACCUGGCUUGGUUGAAUCAAAGUCGUUUGGAGCCUUUUCAUCUAUGCAGAAGCAAGAAGGUCACAGAGGACUCUUUGUGGAUAGGGGUGUAGGAUCUCCUAGACUAAUGAAAUCAGCUAGUUCUUUUACUGUUGAUCUCAAACUUGAUUCAGAAUCCAAGAACUCUAUGCCAGCUGCUGCAGGAGCUGUUGCAGCUGGCGCUGUAGCAGAUCAGAUGCUGGGACCCAAGGAGGAUAGACAUCUGGCAAUUGUCUUGGUUGGGUUGCCUGCUCGUGGCAAAACUUUCACUGCAGCUAAACUUACGCGGUAUCUUCGUUGGUUAGGUCAUGAUACCAAACACUUCAAUGUUGGGAAGUAUCGGAGGUUAAAGCAUGGAGUUAACCAGUCAGCUGAUUUUUUCCGAGGUGACAAUCCGGAAGGCUUGGAAGCACGAAAUGAGGUAGCAGCACUUGCAAUGGAGGAUAUGAUAUCUUGGAUGCAAGAGGGUGGUCAGGUUGGGAUAUUUGAUGCUACGAAUAGCACCAGGGAAAGAAGGAAUAUGCUUAUGAAAAUGGCUGAAGGCAGAUGCAAGAUUAUCUUUUUAGAGACAUUAUGCAAUGACCGGAAAAUAAUUGAAAGGAAUAUACGCCUCAAAGUUCAACAAAGCCCAGAUUACGCAGAAGAACCCGAUUUUGAAGCAGGGUAUCAUGACUUUAAAGUCCGACUGGAGAAUUAUGAAAAGUUUUAUGAGCCAGUUGAAGAAGGCUCUUAUAUCAAGAUGAUCGAUAUGGUCAGUGGCCACGGUGGACAAAUACAAGUGAACAACAUUAGUGGCUACCUUCCCGGGCGGAUAGUAUUCUUCCUGGUGAAUACACAUCUGACUCCUCGUCCAAUUUUGCUUACGAGGCAUGGAGAGAGCCGAGACAAUGUCAGAGGUCGAAUUGGCGGUGAUAGUAUGAUAAGUGAUUCUGGUGAGCUUUACUCAAAGAAACUCGCAAAUUUUGUUGAGAAACGUCUGAAAAAUGAAAAGGCUGCUUCAAUAUGGACUAGCACAUUGCAGAGAACGGUUUUAACAGCAAGCCCAAUAGCUGGAUUCCCUAAGAUACAAUGGCGUGCCCUUGACGAAAUUAAUGCUGGCGUAUGUGAUGGGAUGUCAUAUGAAGAAAUAAAGAAAAAUAUGCCCGAGGAAUACCAAUCACGUAAAAAGGACAAACUGAGGUACAGAUAUCCUCGUGGGGAGUCUUAUCUUGAUGUUAUACAAAGGCUGGAACCCGUGAUUAUUGAGCUUGAACGACAAAGAGCUCCUGUUGUGGUCAUAUCUCACCAGGCUGUGUUGAGGGCUUUGUAUGCUUAUUUUGCUGAUAGGCCGUUGAAAGAGAUCCCUCAUAUCGAGAUGCCUCUUCACACAAUAAUAGAGAUACAAAUGGGAGUUACUGGCCUCCAAGAGAAAAGAUACAAGCUUAUGUGAUAUAGCACCAUCAAUUAAUUUGUCCCAAGUAAUAACACAAAAAUGUAGUACUUCUAGUGAAUUUUUACCCACACUUUGUAUGCCAUACUUUAAGGCAUAUGAUAAAAUAAAAUUUAUAGGUAACUUCGAAGAGUACUACUCUCCGUAUUCGAAACAAUCAAUAAAGCUGCGCUCUUUUUUC